AUGCUGGAGGGACAGGUGGAGGAAGUCGCUGCGGCGCUUUCGCGCGUGUGCGUCAUGCGGGCCCUCGACAUCCGCACCCUCGGCAGCGGCAGCUGCACGUCUGAGGAGCGUCAUGCAUGCCGCCGUCGCGAGGCGUGGCGGGAGCGGCGGGAGGCGGAGCUGCUCGAACGGCUUGGCGCGUGGCAGGCGAAGUUCGUCGGCGACUGGGAGGGGCGCGCGGCGGCGUGGAGGCGCCGCGGUCAGGCCCUCCGCGAGGUGGAGGAGGACUGCUGGGCGGCGACCAGCCACGUGACGCCGGCGGACCUGGUCUUGGGCCCCUUCGCCCGGCUCGAUGGCUGCAGCCGGCUCUUCUCCCCGCUGGGGCCCUGCGCCGGGUUGUUCCGCGCCGCGGCGCAGAGGGCCGCUGACGGGACGGGCCGCCGGGACGAGACGGCGGCGCUCGCACAGCACGCGUGCCCGGCAACCACGCCCGAGGCGCGGCGCACCCGGCGGCUGCUCCUGCAGUCGCGCCGGGCGUGGCGCUUGCUGGUUUUGGCGUGGAGCCUUUUUAUCCUUACGCAGAAGGAGCGCCCGUCCCGCGCCGACUGCUCGCUGUUGACUUUGGCGGCAGAGCAGUUUCUGCGCAUGCAGCGGCGGGAGUUCAACGAGGCGCUGGCGGCGGCGGCGGGGCGGCGGCCGGGCGGGGGUUUGUUGUCCGCAUGA